UCUCUCUCUCUCACUAAACCCUGUAAACCCUCGCGAGAGCUCGAGCUCGAGCUCCGACGAUGCAUCUCAUCGCCUUCGCGGCCGCCGGCACAGUCGUCUUCUCUCCUCAUCCUUACGUUUUCCACAAUCCUUGCUUCUCCUCUAAUCAUCGGGAGUUGUGCACCUCCGAGCCGUUGCGCCGCCGGCGAGAUUUCGCCCUUGUUCGAUGCUCGAUCUCCAAAGUCCACAACUAUGGAACCGUUGACUACGAGAACAAAAAGGCGCUGAAAUGGAGCUCGCUUUACCGCCGGAUUGCCAUGAUGGAGGACCCUGAGGCCGGGACUGCGGCCGUGCUCCAGCGUUGGGAGGCUGAGGAGAAGACGCUUGGCAAGUGGGAGCUCUGCCGGGUUGCCAAGGAGCUUCGCAAGUUCAGAAGGUUUAAUCUUGCCCUUGAGGUUUAUGAAUGGAUGGGUGCCCAAGGAACCCGAUUUAAUUUUACUUCUAGUGACCUGGCAAUACAGUUGGAUUUAAUUGCCAAAGUACACGGCAUUUCACGAGCUGAAGAAUAUUUCUCACAGCUUUCCGAGGUCUUCAAAGACAAGCGAACCUUUGGUGCUCUUGUAAAUGCUUAUGGCAAGGCAAGAAUGAAGGAAAAAGCAGAAGCUGUGGUUGAUAUAAUGAAAAGGAAAGGCUUUGCAACUGAUCCAUUAGUUUAUAAUGUGAUGAUGACGCUUUACAUGAAUGUUGGAGAACAUGAAAAAAUUGACAUGAUCAUCCAGGAAAUGAGGGAGAGAAAUGUGCCUCUUGAUGUAUACUCUUAUAACAUCUGGAUUACAAAUUGUGCAGCAAUGGAGAAUCUAGAGGAGAUGGAAUGGGUUUUUGAGCAGAUGGCUUCUGACAGUAGCAUUAAUGCAAACUGGACUACUUACACGACACUCGCGUCCAUGUAUAUCAAGCUAGGAGCAAAAGAGAAGGCAUUUCAUUAUUUAAAAGAAGCAGAGAUCAGAAUGACAGGAAGGAAUAGGGUAUCUUUUAAUCAUCUACUCGGGUUAUAUGCGGCUGUAGGAAAGAAAGAAGACAUAUUUCGGGUGUGGAGCCGGUACAAGUCUAGCUUUCCUAGCAUACUAAAUCUUGGCUAUCAAGCGAUGCUUUCAGCUUUGAUCAAGUUGCAGGACAAUGAAGGAGCGGAGAAUAUCUUUGAUGAAUGGCUGUCCACCACACCACUUCCUGACCCAAGGAUUUGCAACCUUCUAAUGGGUUGGUAUGCCAGGCAAGGCCUAACUUUGAAAGCCAAGAGUGUCCUCAACCGCAUGGUUGAGAAGGGUGGGAAACCGAAACCAAUAACAUGGGAAAUACUUGCACAAGGGUAUAUCCUUGAGAAGCAAAUCUUUGAAGCUUUGUCUUGUCUGCAAGAAGCUGCUUCAUUUGAAGGUACACAUAAUUAUUUGUGGAGACCAAAGCCUGUGAAUGUGGCAAACUUUCUGGCACUUUGCAAGGAACAGAAUGACAUGGAGAGCAUGCAUGUGUUUUUGGAUAUGCUAAAAAAAAGGGGAUGUCUUGAAAAUGUGGAGUAUGAGUCGCUGGUUAGCUCAUAUACCGACACAAUGGUGCCUGGAAGAAGAUGAACAUUAAAACCACUAUUGAGAAGCAAAUUGAGCAUCCAAUUACGUUUUCUACGUUUUAUCGCUAUGAAUCUGAAAGGGAUCAUUUCAUACUUCCAUCUGAUGAUAAUGUUGUGACAUUUCCGGGCGUACCACACACACCUUACGGGAUGACUGAACAUUGUCUGCCUUCACUACUGAAUCAUAUGCUGUUGUCCCAACUCCAAUUUUAAUUCAUAACAACUUCCAGCUAGAGGGCCAUGUUCUGUAAUUCUAUAUGACCUUAUAAAUAUUUUACAUCUCACUGUCAUGAAAAUGAAAAUAGUGGACCAUGCCUUUGUUUAGACAA